AUGAUUCAAUUAAAGACGAUGCUUAAUUGCAUCGACAAUUCUGGUGCCGCAGUGGUAGAAUGCGCCAAGGUCUUAAAAAUGAAGAGGCAUGCGAAGAUUGGAGAUCGCAUUAUAGUCGUAGUACAAAAGCAACGCAACUUCUCGGAAUCCGGCCCCGGUGCAAGUGUUUCCACAUCGGCGGCAAACAAGGUCAGAAGAGGAGAUAUUAGACAUGCUGUUGUGGUUAGGACAGUUAAGAAACUACAGAGACCAGACGGAAGUGUUGUCAAAUUCGAUGAUAAUGCAUGUGUUUUGAUUAACAAAGCCGGAGAGCCCAUUGGGACGAGAUUAAAUGGUUAG